UGGCUAGGAGCCCCGCGUUCCUGGAACCAGUCAGUCUGUGCGGCUCGCGGUGGUGGGGGCGGGGAGGAGCCCAGAUGAACUGCACCGCGUGCCGUUAAAAGUGGCCUCCCGAGGUCCCCGCGCGCUCAGCUCAGAGCGCCGGGACUGCACGUGGGCGCCGCGCUUCCCGGGCUGCUGGCUCCGUGCUCAGCCAGCCGGGAUGCGCACCCUCCGCGCCGCGCUGGGGCUGCUGCUCCUGGGGGCGUUGUGGGCCUUUCCACAGGAUCGCGCCCUCAAGGACGCCUGUGCCAGAGACCCCGGACGCUACUACGACAAGGCUGCCGGCCAGUGCUGCUACCGCUGCCCCUCAGGGCUGUCACCCACGCAGCCGUGCCCGCAGGGGUCUGCCGACUGCAGGAAGCAGUGCGAGCCCGAUUACUACCUGAACAGGGACGGCCGCUGCACCGCCUGCGUGAGCUGCUCUACAGACGACCUUGUGGAGAAGAGGCCGUGCUCCUGGAACUCCUCCCGCGUCUGCGAGUGUCGGCCGGGCAUGUUCUGCGCCACCUCCGCGGCCAACUCGUGCGCCCGCUGCCAGGCCCGCCCCGCCUGCCCCCCAGGGAUGGCCAGCAGGUUCCCAGGCACAGCCAAGGACGCCGAGUGUGAGCCGCCUUCCCCGGCCACCAGCCCUGCCUGUAGCAGCCCGGAGGACUGCAAGGCGCCCCCCAGGGGCACCGCUCCCCAGGCCAAGCCCAGCCUGAGGUCCCCAGCCACCUCCAGUACCAGGACCACGCUCCUCACGGGGGCCACCCCUCCCACCCCAGAGGAUGCUUCUAGACCACCGAGGACCGACCCUCCCUCCACCAUGGCCAACCUGGGCAUAGACCCAGACCCAGGGUCGUCCCCGACGCCGACACAGCUGUGCCCGCAGGGGUCUCCCAGCUGCAGGAAGCAGUGCCAGCCAGACCACUACCUGGACGCGAACGGCCGCUGCAUGGCCUGUGUGAGCUGCUUGCGUGACGACCUUGUGGAGAAGAGACCGUGCUCCUGGAACUCCUCCCGCGUCUGCGAGUGUCGGCCGGGCAUGUUCUGCGCCACCUCCGCAGCCAACUCGUGCGCCCGCUGCCAGGCCCGCCCCGCCUGCCCCCCGGGGAUGGCCAUCGACCCCCAGGAAAUUCCCGCUGAGAGCGACGCCACCCCUGAGCCGCCUCCCCCGGGGACCCUCCCUGACUGCAGCUCCCCCGAGGACAGUGGGGCGCCUGCCAGCACCGCCACGCUCAGCUCCCAGCUGGACCCCCACACCCGCUCCUCCAGCACCCCCGGCUCCUCCUCCUCCACCCGGAAGCCCACGCUGGAUCCAGGCCCCGUGCUCUUCUGCGUGAUCUUGGUGCUGGUGGCGGCUCUGGGCUCCGGCUCCUUCCUCCUGUGCCACCGGAGGGCCUGCAGGAAGCGGAUCUGGCAGAAGCUGCACCGGUGCUACUCGGCCCAGACCUUCCGGCCUGCGGUGGAGCGAGCGGAUUCCAGACGAUGGAGGAACCCAGAAUCGAGCAGCACCGUGGUGGCGGAGCUGGGCCCAGAGCCGGCCGUGGAGACCUGCCCCCUCGUGGGCACCGCCCUCGUGGAGGACCUCCCGCUGCUGAACGCCAGCCCGGCCGGGGGCCCCUCACCCUCAUGGGAGCUGCCUGAGCCCCGAGUGUCCACGGAGCACACCAAUAACAAGAUCGAGAAAAUCUAUAUCAUGAAGGCCGACACGGUGAUCGUGGGGACUGUGAAGGCCGAGGUGCCCGAGGGCUGGGGCGUGGCAGGGCCCACAGAGCCCCAGUCGGAGGAGCUGGAGGUGGACCAUGCCCCCCACUACCCGGAGCAGGAGACAGAACCUCCCCUGGGCAGCUGUGGAGAUGUCACGUUCUCAGUGGAGGAGGAAGGGAAGGAGGACCCCCUGCCCAGCAGCGCCUCUGGAAAGUGAGGCCCACCCUGGGCUGGGCCUGAGAGGGCAGCUGGAUGUCCCCGGGAGGCCAGGGAGGCACUGGCGACACCGAGCUGGGGUCUGGAGUCCCUGUGGCCUGAUCGGAGGUUCUAGCGUCCUGUGGAUCUGUGCGGGAGGGGUGCUGGUGGUGGUGGUCUCUGCUCCUGUCUCCCACUUGGUGACUGUACAGCCAGAGCCUAGGGUGCUGGGGCCUGGACAGGAGACCCUUGCAGGGAGCUAGCUCCCAGUGGUGAUUUUGCUGGGCCACAGAUCGAUGGCCGAGACAGGGCCCCUGCUUUCUCUGCUGCUGGGGGCACCAAUUCCAGAGCCUUGGCACCAGACACUCGCCACGAGAGUCAGUGCCCACCGAGGGAGAGUCGGGAAGGCCGGCUCACUCCCUGCCUCCACCCCCUCCUCUCCUGUGGCCUUGCUGCCUUGCCACCAGCCCCUCAUCCCUGCAAACGUGGACCCCGCAGGCACAGAGCCAGUGCCCCUGGUUCCUCCCGAGUCAAAGGGAAGUUGCAGGAGGGGCAACAUUGCUGGCACCAUCUGGGCUCAGCCUGGUCCCCAGCCCUGCUCCUGCCCGCUCUCCCUGUUCCUUGCUCCAUGGUGGGCCCAGCUCAGCUCGCUGGUCCCUGAAUGUCCCCAGCCACCCCCGCAGCCACCCCUGCAGCAGGAAGCAUCUUGGAUCCAGAUGUCUGCGGCCCCUCAGCAGCUGCAGGGCCCCGCCCCUGAGCCCCCGCCUGCUGGCCAUGCUCACAAGGGGCAGCCUCGUUUGCCAGGGACUUCCUCCUGCCACCGAGAUGGGGAACUGCAGGCCCUUCCUGGGGUCCCUGGCUGCUCUGUGGGUACCAUCUGCCCUGCCCCGGAAAUGGAGAAGCAUCUCCCUCCAUCUGCUACGCUUGAAAUCCACUGCACCAGCCCCGCCGUCUGCCGCCACUGCUGGGUGCCCUCGGGGUGCGCUGUUGGCCAGCACCCGCCUCCCAGCCGUUCGUCCUGCCUCCUUGUGCACGUCGGGACCUUGCACACGCUGGCUCGGCCUGGACUCUGGGACUGUGCAUUUCACGCUAAGGAGCAAGGCUGCCCUUGGCUUCCAGGCUGCAGCCCCCCCCCCCCCCCCGAGUACA